AUAGCAGCCUUACGACGACGAGGCUGAGCCUGAUAUGGACCCGCAGGACAUGAUAUUGGCAGAGAUGAUGGUCGAAUAGUGAGAUGAUGUUGAACGCCUGGGAAAGGGCGCAGUAAAUAGGAGUGUAUGAAAGCGCUCGAGGGAAUGGGCGAGCUAGGCGGGAUGGUAGUGGUUGGAGAAAGGGAGAGGGAGCGAGGCGCGACCGGAAUUUAAACCUCGCGUGCUCGUGUACAAACAGGCCCCGCGAAUCGAUAACCCAAACAAACGCGUCGCGGUGUGCUGACCCAACCGGGGUCACGGACCCCGACCAUACCCGGUUCUGUCCACGGCUUGCUCGCCGGGAGUCCGUCACGCUCCUGCACGUGGGUCAAUCAGAGCAGACACGUCAGCGUAUUCGCCAACACCGCGCUGUCUGCCAUCGACAUCUCAUUAGAGCAGAUAUUUUGCCAUAGAAUAUCAUAGAACUCUGGAGCAUAGGAUGCUCACGACGCGAAUCCCCCAUCCGAGCCUCGUAGACUUUGCCUGCCAGUCCGCCCCUCCGCGCGAACCAGCUCCAACAGGCAGGAGGGCGCACCGCCCAUCCCGCACAGUCUGCCGCCAUUGGCGUAAAGGCAGGCAACGACAACAUCUGCCUAGAAACGACGCACCUCUGCUCAAUCCGACAACAAAGACUUCUCAAUUUGGAAAGUCAAUUGAACCCCCGACCUCGAGCGACGCGCCUUCACUUGGUAGCGCCAUCCCCAGCCUUCAACUGCGAGGUCGUCGAGAGCUAUGGUCCAGCCAAGCUACCCUCGCAGACCCGCGAACAAUUCGGCGCUACCGACGAGUCCCUAGAUGCGACGACGACCAGCCCGAAGUGCGCGCAAGGAGUCUGAGCACGUGGUCCUCAACCCCUUCCGCGCGAAGUCCUGCCAACUUGUGGUCAGCCUUCGUUCAACACUCUCAUCAUCGAUUCCCCUACGCAACACCAAGAGCAUCUAACGCACUUCUGGGCCAUGACAGCGUCCAACUAGCCUGGGUCGUUCGGUACGCCACAGACCUCGGAGUGGCUGCCUUUCGAACUUCACCUCCCACCUCCUCCGAGCGACGCUGUGUCGCGUCUCCACGCUUUCAGUCGCUUCAAACGUCUCCGCCAUCGAGACGACGACGAUGUCGCCGUAUUUUCGACGCGAUAUCCUACCAAUCUGGGGUACGGCCGACGAUCCUCACCACCCAGUCUUUCCAGCAUGAACACGGGCCUAGGGCCACAUUGCUUGGAUUGUGUCUGCCUCGGUGCUUUGUUUCCAGCCAUUAUAUGUGACACGCUAGUCUCGUGGCCGCCUUAGGACCCAUCACAACAGCGAAUAUGGGCUCGACGAGCCUCAGAUGGUGGUGUACCAGCUCUGCCAUUCGACGACG